UACGUUGCGAGGUCUUAGCUUAAAUCCAAAAUCGAUCGCCUUUCUUCAAUUCCUAGCUUUCAUCAUUCGCCAUCGUACAUCCUCUCUCCUCCUCAUCAUUCCAAUCUCGUUCAGUUGUUUUUAUGCCCUAGCUUAGCUUGGUUUGUUUCUGUCUCUUUGCUUCAAUAAUUCAAUUCAAUUCAAUCGAGAUGAUGUACGAAGCCUCGGAAGUAAUCAUGAGACCGGGCGCAGCAGUGGAUCCGCUCGGGAGGAGAUCGUCAUCGCUGCAAUUGAUGCCGGAAAGAGAGAGGAGAUCGUCGUCAUUGGUGAGACGAUCGCGAAGGACGAUCUCGGCGACCGAGGAAGAGGGAGAAAGGCUGGAUAUCGUGGAUCUUAGCGGCUUGUCGUUGGAGGCUCUCCCCGUAGAUAUCUCUCUCAACUUAGCAGCCAUUAGCAAGUUAGACCUCUCCUGCAAUAAUCUUCAGAUAAUACCGGAGUCGUUGACAGCGAGGCUGCUAAAUCUAGUAGUAUUAGACAUGCACUCAAAUCAGCUUAAGUCUCUCCCCAACUCCAUCGGCUGUUUGUCCAGACUCAAGAUUUUGAACGCCUCCGGAAACAACCUCCAAUCUCUCCCUAAGACCAUUGAGAACUGCAGAUGUUUGGAGGAGUUGAACGUAAACUUCAACAUGUUGAGCCAUCUUCCAGAAAGCAUCGGAUUUGAGCUAACGACCCUGAGGAAACUGUCCAUAAACUCCAACAAGCUAGCCUUCCUCCCACACUCCAUCUCCCACCUAAGCAACCUCCGCGUCCUAGACGCCCGCCUCAACUGCCUGCGCCAACUCCCGGAAGAUCUUGAGAACAUGGUCAGCCUGCAGGUGUUGAACGUCAGCCAGAACUUCCAGCACCUCACCAAGCUCCCCUACUCCGUCGGCAUGCUCAUGUCACUUCAGGAGCUGGAUAUCAGCUACAACAGCAUCACCGUCUUGCCCGACUCCCUCGGCUGCCUCAAGAAGCUCCAGAAGCUGGAGCUCGAAGGAAACCCUCUGGUUUCCCCGCCCAGCGACCUGCUCGACCAAGGCCUUCACGUCGUCAAGGAGUUCCUGUGCCAGAGGAUGAACCAUCCUUCUUCUUCUUCACCCUCCCAACGGAAUAAGCCCUGGUCCUCCUGGUUUGGCAAGCUAGCCAAAUGCAGCACCUUCAGUGGCGCCAACAUGCCCCGUGGAGAUAAGAAUCAUCGCCCCAGUAAUGGCGUCGCCGCUUUCACAAUCCCGGAUUAUCGUUCCAUUGAUGGAAUGGCUUCGCCUAGAUACAACGGGAUGUUCUCUCCCCGGAGAAUUUUCUCCCCCAAAAAUUACUUUACAAGAUAGGGAU